AUGCAGUAUAGAUUGAAGAAUGUUGAAAAAAGUGGAGCAUCCAAAAUGAGUGCAUUGGAAUUAGCAACUCAAAUUGAGAAACAAAUUCAAUAAAAAUUUGAUGAUGUCCAAUUACUAAGGGUUGAUGUAAAUGAGCAACAGGAAUUCAUUAUUACUUCUGUAUAUGAAAACAAUGACCAAAACAAUAAGUAUAAUAGAUUUAUGGAUGUCUAAUUUUUGAAGGACAUACUUUAAGUGGAAGAAUUGCUGUAGGAUGAAGAAGAUGAAGAUUACGAGGAUAUCGAUAAUGAAGUUGUGACGGAUUACAAGUUUUAGCAAUUAAAACAAGCAAUCGAUUGCUUCUUUGAAUUCUCCAAAGACUUAGAUUAGGUCAAAUAGAUGCAAUUAGAAAACAAGUUUAAAUCUAUCAUAGGCAACACUGCAAAUAAAGAACAAAAAUUACAGAUUAAGAUUCUCGUCUAAUGCAAGGGCAGUCAAGUGGUUCAUUUGCAUUAAGAAAAACUAUUUUUAAAUGGCCCCGAAAAAGAUCCUGCUUUUAUUGACUUAAUCUCGUAGAAUCACUUUGUCAAUCCUGAUAUUACUAAUAUGAUGAAUUCAAAUUUGAUUAAAGUUUAGAGUUUCUCAAUAGGAAUGCUUCAAUUUAUUUAGGAGUAAUAGUAGUUGCAACUUCAAUAGUUCUUUACUUCUGCCCAAUUCUAGAGGUAAAUGAGUAUGCCCUAUUAAAUUUACAUCAAAGAAACCAAAGGAAAUGAAAAAUGCCUUUAAUUAAUACUAGGAUUCAUGCAUCAAUUUUCAAUCAGAAUAGACAUUGAUCUGACUCUCUGUUAAACUGUAUAUCAACAAGAUUAAAUGAGUUUCUACUUUAAAAUGCUAUCUCCUCCUUCUUGUUAUGCAGCUUAUCAUGGUAAAUGGAAGUAUGAGAAUAAUUUAAUAAAGUCUCAAUUUGUUAAAGUCGAUAACAUUUUUUUAAAUCAUCUGGUUAUAUCGGAAAAGAUUAAUGAAAUUUAGAGAUUACUGUUCCUCAACAAUACAACGAUAUUGGUCAAACUUGAUUAAAAUUCUGACUAUUUUAGAUAAAAAUUAUAGAGUUUCCACGUUAUAAAUGCAAUUGACUAUCCUGUUGCCCACAUUAAACUUUAAAAUGACAUAUCUUAUUCUAGAUUGAUGAAUAGUAAGUAUUUGAAUUUUUCUUUGCGAUUCAAUAUACUUGCUGCCAUUAGCUAGAACAAACUUAAUAAAUAAAAAUCGAUAUAGGAAUUGAUAGAGACUUGUGAAUCAGGAUAUAAAAAGCUUUCUGAGAAAUAGACUUAGGAUUUAAAUGGAAUUUUUGAAUAAACAUUUAAUACAUUUUGUAAGGUAACAUCAAACCUCUCACUUAUUGAUGAGAAGGAAACUGAAAAAAAAAAUGAGAAUCAUUUGAGAUACUUUAAGAAUGUGUUCAAGAGAACCUAACAAGAUUUUAUUGAAUUACGGGAUCCAACGAUGAGAUUGGUAUACACAAGAAGAGUGUCAAUGACUCCAUCGGGAAUCUUAUAUUUUAAUAAAUAGCCCGAAGUCACUAGUGGCAUUCUGAGAUAGCAUUAUAAUAUUGUUGAGUAUUUCUUAAGAGUCCAUUAUGAGGAUGAGAAUCAAGAUAUGGUGUUGAAUAUCCCCUAUAUCACUUAAACUUACUACUAUAAUUUCAUGUUCCCCACCUUAAAAAUCUUAGGUCAGCACUUUGAACUAUUUACAUGGAGUUCAUCGUCAUUAAGAGCUGGAACAUGUUGGUUUAUCGAUUUCAAUGGAGCAGGCAAACAGAGGACUGAUAUCAUAAAAUCUAUAGGCAACUUCACAAAUUUGAAAUAUGAUGAAAUUGCCAAAAAUGCAGCUCGAUUGGGAUAGAAUCUUAGUACAAGUAUUAGUGUGGAUUGUGUUGGUGGAAUUAACAUUCUAAUAAAGGAUGAUCUAGUGGAUAAAAAUAAUAAAUUGUACACUGAUGGUAUAGGUAAGAUUUCUUAAGAUUUAAUUGAUCAGAUCAGAUAAAAAAUGAGAGUGAAUUCUAAAAUUAAAAUAUCAGCCAUUUAGAUUAGAUAUGAAGGAGCCAAGGGUCUAUUGGUUUUGGAUGAAAGUCUUGAAUAAAAAACAAUUGUGUUAAGGAGGUCUAUGAUUAAAUAUAAUCCUGCCAAGGGAUAUCCCAACAAAAUUCAAAUCUUGGACUUCAAUAAAUUCAGAGGGGGAUAUUUGAAUAGACAGAUCAUAAUUCUAUUGUUGACACUCUAGGUCAAUGAGAAAGCCUUUCAAGAACUUUAAGAUGAGUAUUUGAAGAAAAUUGAGGAUUUAUAAAUGAAAGAUGCUUCCAUUUACAAAUACUUUAGUGUAGAUUAUUGUGAUGAAUAAAUUGAUCUACCCAAUAUAAUGGAUGCUUUGAGAGCCUAUAUCAACAUUGGAAUGGAGGACAAUAUAUUGUGUUAAGGAGUAUUGUCAAAAUUAAAAUAAAGAGGGUUAUUGUAGCUAAGGAAAAAAACAUCGAUACUUGUGGAGAAAGCAGCAAGAGUCUUAGGAGUCAUAGAUGAGCAUAAUUUAUUACAACCAAACGAAAUUUAUUGUUUAGUUUAGGAUGAAAAUAAUGAUACUUAAGUUGAACCAGAGAACAUCUAAGGGGAAGUGCUUGUCACUAGAAAUCCUUGUUUGCAUCCAGGAGAUAUUAAAAAACUCAAUGCUAUUUCAACACAAGAGAUAUUAAAGAGAAAUGGUAGUAAGAAUCCAUAUAGUCAAUUGAUUAAUUGUUUAGUAUUUCCAGCCUGUGGAAAUUCGCUUCCUUGUUAGAUUGCAGGAGGGGAUCUAGAUGGAGAUUUAUAUUUUAUUUGUUGGGAUAAUAGAUUAUUGCCUCCAGUACAAGCUAAAUCUAUGGUUUAUGAUAAUAAGAAACCAAAUUAAGUUUAAUACAAGAAGAUUGAUUUUCGAGAAAACAAUUAAAGGUUUCAUGAAAAUGUCGAUAAGAAUUUCGAUACGAAAAAUAUGUUUGAUUUUCUUUAUUUCUAUCUUAAUUCUGAGACUCUAGGUUUGAUUGACAAUUCGCAUUUAGCAUGGGCUGACAAAUCUGAUAAGAAGGCCAAUGAUCCCAAUUGUCUAGAAUUGGCCGAAUUGCAUUCAGAUGCAGUCGAUUUUGUGAAAACUGGAAAAUAAGUCUUUUUAGAUGUUAAACUUCUCUCCAAGAUUUUCCCUGAUUAUAUGGAAAAGGAGCAAUCAGUCACUUAUGAAUCACAAACUAUAAUAGGGAAAUUGUAUAGAUAAGUAGCAUAAAUGGGGAUUUAAUAAGACAACUCAUUGAGUUAAGGAUUGGGAUUUAAAUAAAAUAAUUUACCAAAAAUUGAAUACAAAUUAUUGUAUAAUUUUGAUAAAUUAAUUGCUGUUUGCAAAUAGAUUAAAUAAGAUUGCAAAAUUACAAUCAACUUGGAAGAAAAAAAGAAAGAAUAAAAUGAAUUACAACAAGAAGUUUAAGAAGAAGUGAUAAUUGAGGAACUCAUUCAAUUAAUUUAGAAAUACAUUGAUGAUAACUUUAAAAGACAUUUGGAUUCUGCUCUCAAAUUGAUUCUCCUUAUCUUCGAAUCCAUAUUUGGGAUUACUUAAACAUUUGCCGUAAAAAGUGAGUUUGAAAUUUACAGUGGUAACUUUAGUAGCUUACAAAAAGGGGAUGGAUUAUAUUAGAAAAAAAAACUGAAUGUUGAAAAAUACUAAAAACGUAUCAUUGCUUUAAUUGGUCAAUUACAUUAAGAGGUUGAAAGGAAAUUGCAGGCACUCUCUGAAAUAGAAAGAUUACAAAGAAUUUCAUUAAUCAAUUUCAUUUUAACAUACUCUCCAAACUCUCAUCCUUAUCCUACCUAUACUAUAUUGGGAGAGUUUAUUUCGCAAUUGAUGAAAUAGAUAGAGUGUUUUGAUGCAUGGAAAUAGUUGUUGAAUAUUCAUUCAAUAUGGUACAGGGGAGUUGGUUAAUAUCUGUUUUGGAAGGACUUAUAGAAGAUAUUUAAGAGUGACGAAGAGGAGCUUAUUUGAUUAGGUUUAUCAAGUAUUUAGUAUUGCAUUAUUUUGAAUUAAAAAAUGUUAUAAA